CUGCAGCAGAUGCUGAGGCUUUUCCCGGGUCAGCUGCAGGCUGCAGUCUGAUGUUUGGGAAUGACUGAUGUUAUUUUCUCACAGCCAAAAUGGCGUGACUGACUGCAAGGGCGCGAGCGUGGGCCAAGACAUGUGGGCGGGAAAAUGCUGCUGCGCCUCUACUCGGGUCUUUCCGGCCUCCUCCGGAGCGGCUGAACACGCGCGACUCACAGAGCAGCAGCAGCCGCACAGCAGCGCCGAAGAGCCGCUGGAGAAGCUCCGCGACCCGCCGCCGAUUUUAACCCAGAUUUCCGUCGGGAACUCGGGCAGGCGGUGGGCUGGGGGCUCGGGCACAGAAGAAUGAGAGAGCCCUCUCACCGCAGGGCGCGCAAACAUGAACGGGGCCGUGUAUAUGUCGUUCUUCCAGGGCCAGCUGGAGUCCGUGCUCGAGCAGGUCGUUCAGCUCGCUGUCCAGGAAAUAAGCAAAACGGUGGGCUCCAGUCUGAACGGCCUCCUGCUGGAGACGGCCGUGAAGGAGCAGGAAAACCGCCGGCUCGGGCUCCAGCUCCGGGCGCGGGAGAAACGGGGCCGAGCCUCCGCUUCAGACGACGGAGGAGGAGGAGGCUCCCCGGUGGCUGGUAAGAACAAAGCCGGGGAGAGGGCGGAUAGCGGGCGGGCGAAACCCGAGCAGCAGCCCGGGGGACAGGGCACAGGGCCUGGCGUGCCCACCGACACACGCCGCCUGGAGCAGAGAGGACGAGUCGUGGACCAGCUGAAGUCCGUCAUGGAGCAGGUCCUGGACUUCGCCGUGCGCGAGCUGACGAAGAUCGUGGAGGCGUCAUUCGACGACCUGCUGCUGGAGAUCACCAAGAUGGAGCGAGAGCAGCAGCUGCUGGAGAAGAGGCUGGGAAAGGGCGCUGAGCGAGGAGGCGGGGACAAAGGGAAAGGCGGCGGUAGGGGGAGGAGGGGCUCGGAGAACGACUCUGUGUCCCCGAGCGGCUCAGAGGACGCCCGUGAGGAGGUCGCUGUGGUCACUGCGCCCAAAGAGACGCCGCAGACACACGUCCCGGAGCGCCCCCCCGUCCUCUCUGUCUCUCAGGACUGGGUUCCCAUCCUGGACAAAGUCUUCGGUCAGAAGUGGUGCAGCGACGUCUGGAACGUCAAAGAGGUUGGCGGGGGUGGAGGAGGAGGAAGUGGGCGGGGGUUAGGAGAGAGUGUGACUCAUAUUGUCCCCGCCCCCACCCCGGCAGUGACCCUGGAGCCCUCCCCCUCCUCCCCACAGCAGGACCCCCGCUGGACUCCUUUGGAGGACAUGGAGGUGUUUUCUCCUGAUGAAGAUGAAGCUGCGGGCAGUCUGAUAAGCGCCGCCGCCGCCGUCAGACCUCCACCCGGACCUCCAGCCGGACCCCCCCUCAGCCCCACAUGUCAACGGUCCUCAGCCUCCAUGCUUCAUCGCCUCCUCACGCUCCCCUCCCAGCUGCUCGAUGACGAUGAGGAAGCCACCGCCAAGGAGACGCUCGGGUGUCUGGCGUUUGACGGCUCCAUCAGGCCGCAAGACGCCGUCGAGCCGCCUGCUCAGACCGGGAGAGAGGAGGAGGAGGGAGAGGAGGAAGAUGAGGAGGAUAAAGGGAUGAAGCGGAAGCGGCGGCGGGUUUGGUCUGAGUGCGAGGAGUGCGGCCGCAGGUUCAGCCGGAUAUCCCUCCUGAAGGCUCACCGCCAGACUCACAGCGCCGGAAACGCCGCCACAUCGUCGCCUUCGUCGCCGCCCGCCGGAGCUGCCUCGCCACUCCGCUGCUCCGACUGCGGCAAAAGGUUCUCCUCGGCAACGCGUCUCCACAGCCACAUCCGGACUCAGCAUCACAGCGACCAAUCCUGAUCUGUGACCAGACGGUACGCAGGCGAGCGCAGCAGGACGUUUUCUUCUGUUACAGACACUUUCACAGGCCACAGGAAGUAACUGCAAAACUGACCUCGAAUCAGAGCGGCCUGCUGUCAUUGGUACCCCGGAGCGGGAUCCCGGGUUCUGAACGAUCCGGCUCGGCGACAGGAAACGGAAACGAAAACGUUCUGCCAAAGUUUUUUUUUUCUAACUUUGAUGUUUGUUUCUUCAAAUAUUUAAAAUUCCUGAAAGUUUUCUCUUUUUUAUUUCUUAACCAGAAAAACUUCAGACAAAACAAAACAGUCGCUGCGUCUGAAAUUCGGUUAUUUUCAGAUUAUUUUUUUAAUUCAUAAUUUUUCUGAAAUUCGAGCUCAAAACAGAAAGAAAUCUAAAAUUGUCACGUUUAUUAACGUUUCGUCGAACAACAGGAAGACGAGCGAGGAAAAAUCUGACAUUUAUUUGAAGUUUAUUAGAAGAAUUUCAAAAUUAAAGCCUCAAAUUCAGGAGGACGAUCGGUGUAAAGUCUGCAUGUCUUUGGGUUUGUACGGAGGCCAAUUCGCACAUUUGAGAACCUGGAAACGUUUUUUGGAGCUGACUCGACAGCGUGAAUCUGAACCAGUGCAGAAACCUUUGAGGCGGAGGAGGUCAAAGGUCAGGGGUAACUGAGGAAAAACACGCACACAUCCUCCUCCUGUAAAUUGUAGGCUUGGUUUUUGCUUCUUUGCGCGCUGCCUGCUGGUUUGUGUCCGUGCGGCGUGCACACGUUUUCUACUCGUUUGGUUUUGAAGUGCCCUUUUUUAGGUUUCUCUUUGGAUUAUCGUCGAGUCCACGUCUGUGGUUUUAUCAGCGUUCCUCGAUCAACUCCGAGGACGGAAACAAACAGGGAAGGAACAACUUCCUGUCCAUCGGAGGUGUCUUCAGUUGCAUGUGAAGCUCAGCGGUGAGCUCCUUCCUCCUUCCAUCUCACCAACACAAAAUGUGUCACACUUGCAGAAUUUCUUUGUUUUCUCAUAUUUUGUUUGUCAGACAUGAUUUAACUCCAUGAAGCUACGAGUCACCUCAGCGUUAGCGUUUUACCCACAGACUGGUUAAACCAGCUGACACAGCAGUCAUAUUAUGGGGUGAGGUGAAGCUAGCAGCUACAGCCGCCUGUGUCACCAUCCACCUAUCUGAGGCCACGCCCCUAAUAUUGCAACCUUUAAACAGGUGAGUUGUGAAAACAUUCUGCCCCCGUACAGGUUCUACAAAGAGGAAAUGAUCCACAGAGACCAACGUGUUUAUUUUAACAUGGGAGUCUAGGGGGGCUGGCUCACUGCUGCCUCUGCUGGGCGUCAGAGGAACUGCAGCCGUCAGUUUAUAUCAUGAAGGCUGGAUUAUGAGAUCGAAACUUUGACUUAUUCUUCAUUAAUUCAGGAUUUCGUAGGCUGUGAAACAUUUUGAUUUUAUAAAGGCAAAUAUUCACUUUUCUUGCACAACUGGGCUUCUGUAGCUCAUCAGCUGGAGAUUUGAUCUUUGGUAAGUCUGCUGUGUCCUCUACGGAAGCCCAUUCCUACCAAAAAACAUAACAUUGGGUUUUACUUUGAGUGGCAUUUUUUUUCCCCUGAAUUAAAUUUUUUUGCUUUAACAUUUGCAUUCUUACAUUUUUCAUUAUGUAUUUCAAAUUUUUCACUCUGUCAAAGAGUUAAAUGCAACGUAAACAUCUGUUUUAAAUCUUUUAGUGUUCGCCAAGUCAAACUCUGAAUAAGAAAAUCUAAAGAUUUACUCUGCGUGUCGUUUUCAUGUUUUGCUGGAGGAAGAGGAUGGAGGGAGGAAGGAUCAGGUGACAGGAAGUUAUUCAUCCUGAGAGUUUUUAUCUCUGAGAAACGUCAGCACGAACAAUCACAGAAUCCGUUGUUUCACGCAGCGUAAAUGUGUGAACCUUUUUUUCAACUCCGAAGCAAUACGACGGCGAGCUCUGCAGAGCGCCGUGGUUCGAUUUGAACAAGCACAAAAUGAAACCGUCUGCGAGCCGGGCCGUCUGACCGUUGGAGGAUCCAGAACUCAGGCGAAAAUCAGACUUUUUUUACUGUCCUGUCUCUGCUUCACCGACCGCUUCGUCUCGUUCUCGUACCUCAUUUUUCAAGUGUUUCUUUGACUUCCUGUUUCCAUGAGACCUCAUUACCUCAGCUGAAGCGCAGCGGCGAAAUCUCACCUGAUCAAUGAGCAGAUUUUAGUUUUUCCACAGGCCUGGUCUGACAAACCACUCGACAUGAGAUGUUUCUUUGUUCUUUAUGUCUUUAUUCUUUGAAGGUUUGAUUCAUACGGAAUCCAAAAUCUGACAAAAAAUGUUUGUUUUUUUUGGGUUUUUUUAUAUUAAGUUGAGUUUAAGUAAAUAACUGUUUACAUUAGUGAAGAAUUUAAAGGUGUAAAGGUGUAAAAAUGAAAUUCUUUUUAUUGUCAAACAGAAGUUUAAUUUCCUGUCAGGAUGCUCCGUGUGUACAAAAUCAGGUGAUAAGAAAAGCUCACUUUUGUGGUUUUUACGCACCGGCGGCAGAAGGAUCGGACGUCCGUUAAAGUUCAGAAAAAUCCGAAUGAGCUCAAUUUGGCCGAUCUCUCUCUAAGGCUCCCUCCUUGUGCGCCUCCUGCAGCCGCCCCUCGCUCUCUCCUGUUCUUCAGCUGACGGAUUAACCAGAUUGCCCCAUCCCAGCAUCCUUCUCUGCAGCAGCCUUUCCAUCAACUGUGUUGGCCAAUAGGAAAGUGGCAGAGCGCCCUCUGGUGGACAGACUCCAACAUUGUCACUCCUGACGUGGCUGUGGGGCGUUUCUUUGGUUAAAGCUGUAGACAGAUGAGGAAUGCCAAACACCGGGCGGCGGAUAAAGCUUUCUUCAGCUGCUCCGUGAAUCCUCGGGGUCUCCGUGGCCUUCCUGACAGAAGCCCAGAGCUCUCCUUUUACUUCAGAUGUGUGAAGCACUAAAUUUGCACCGUUAAUAUUUUAUUUAAUAUGAUUUUAGGGUUCUGGACCUCUAAACUGUGCAUACAUGAAUAAAGCUACAAAACUGCUUUGUUCAAAUUUCUACAUUUCAGUAAAAACUGAGAACUUGUUGGACUUUUGAAAACCUCGUGUGGCUGCUUGUGCUGACAGAAUUAACCGAACCCAGAACAUAAAGUCCAGACUGUAUUUUUCCCAUCGGUCGGCCGGAUCGCUCCAUUCGUCAGAUUUUACUUCCUGAGAGUUGAAGCCUGAAGCAGCUUCGCUCGGCAUAACGGGACAGAACAAAACUGGGCGGAGGUGCCAGAGGAGAUGACCUGAAUGAGAGAUCACAGGUUUAUGAUGACGUCAGGCCUUUUUUUCUUUAUGUCACACAGCUGCCAUCACAGGCCAUAAAUAGACUGUAUGUAAAAGAUGGGCAUAAACAGUGGUCAGCGCGUUGAGCUGACGGAUUUUACCGUCUCAGCUUUCAGAAAGCAGAUGUGAUGCAAGAAGAUGGAUUUCUGCACUGACUUCCUGCCCCUCCGUGACUGAUGGGACCAAAAUCUCCAAAAUAAACUUCCUGUUUUCUCCAGUCAGACCUGAACCAUAAACACAUCAGAACAGGGUUUACUGAGCUCAGAUCAGCUGAGCAGGAUGCUCAUUUUCCCAUUCGGACCAGAGGAGGCGCCUCCUGCUGGACACCAGAGAACAGCCUUAUGUCCAUCUUUUAUGUACAGUGUGUAGGAACAAGCUUCGUCCGUUUGACUUUAAUGCUGCCCUGAAGAGUCGGACCACUGAUCGUUGGAGAUAUCAUGUGACCUGUUUAACCAAUGACAACUCCUCCUGUCCUUGUUUACACAGAGGAAUGCAUCUGCCUAGAAACAAACAUGAUAUUAGAAAUAACUUUGAAGAGGAGUGGCGUAACUUUGUUUAAAAACCUGGAUAUCAACAUAAAUGCGUGAUACUACUGUCGUCAUUUGUUUAUGUGCUGUUUGACGCCCAUGUUGGAGCUCCAGUAAAUCUGAUCUCAACGCAAAAUGUGAACUCUUUCCAGAUGGUGAUAAUUGAGUGAAACCCUGAUCUCUGAAGUUAUAAUUAAUGAGUAACAUUUCCCUGCUGGUGGUCUUUAUUCAUUUAUUGUGUUUGUAGCUGACCAGAUGCAUUUCUCUUCCAGAAGAGGUCCGUGGCUGUAACGUGUCGUCGUAUCAUUUCUAGUACUGAAACAUUCGUGCAAUCUCAUCGCAGAGCUCUUCUUUUUUUUCUUUUUUGUUAGCAGUGAAAAGUGGUUGUGUGGUACUCGUACUUCAGUCCUUUGUAGUUAAAACUUUGGGUGUGACAAACUAAUAAAAAUCCUUAAAAGUUGGCGAGUUCUUCAGGGAACAGACGUGUGAAUGAGGGGCGAACGGGUUUGUUUUUUUCAUGUUAAUAUUUCCAGUUGGAGGUUUUCCUGUAAGUCGGGCUCUUUGUGAAGACACGGGGGGGAACUUGUUUCGGGGGUGGGUUUGUUUUAAACUUUAAAUAUGGAUUUCUACUUCCUGUUUAAUCUUGAUGAACGCUGUAUGUCAAAGAACAGUUCAUCUCAUUUUUUGGAUGUGAUGCAAUACUUUUUAUAAAAUGUUCCCUGUUUUUUUAUUUUAUUUUAUUGUUUUUUUAAUGGACAUCAGCCAAAUGGUAGAUUGAUUCAGGAUUUUUAUUUUUAUUUUUAAAAGUCAGACUUGAUGUGACCUUUGACCUUGUGUGACCAGUGUCAGUUCUGAGUGAGUUAUCAGACUCUGAUGUGUUGGUUGUUUACUUUGUGCCUGGUUUUAUCAGCGCUGCAUGGGCUGAAUGUCAUUAAACACCAACUUACACGGUCUGCCAUGAUGAUGAUGAUGAUGAUGAAGGCUACGGUGGCUGUUUUUUUUUUUAAAAAAAAGAAAGAAAUGUAUUGCCUGUUUUAGUCGAGCAGAAUGGGUACUUUGUAGUGUUAACAUUCAAAGGAAACAAAUAAAUGUUCAUAACUA